CAUACAUUCUCAUAACACAAGUUAAGACAACGGAGGAUGACCUCUGGAACGGCGCAAUGUGGUUGCAUUUUUGACUUUUAUUCAAAUAAUAUUGCAAGCCAAAUAAAUCAAUGUAACCCGGAUUAUUCUUGUAAUAUCAAUCAUCAUAGAGAUGAUAACACAUGUAAUUGGAAUAUUGACUAUCCUAAGAAGUUCUCAAGUUGGCAUUAUUCAAGAAAUUAUCAUGAAACACCAUUCCCUAGUUCUAAAGGUUCUGGAAUCAAGUCAAAUACUAUGCGCCCGACUUCCAUGAGUACAGAGCAUUUAAAUGAAGAUUUGGUAGUCCCAAAUGGAUUAUAUCAGAAGCCCAUUGUAUCAACUAAUUCCUUGGACACAUUUAAUUCUUGUUCAGAUGCAGAUUGCCUUUGUUCUUUGGAAAUCGAUCAACGUCAGGAUCAUGAGAUUACGGAAUGUAACAAAUGUAUAAAAUAUCAGGCAUAUCACCACGAAAAUUUACGUACGUCUUCCGGACAUACACAAUCUAACAUCAGCUCAGAUUCCCACCCAUUGGUUAUUUCUAACCCCAGCGCUGUUGCAGAAAAUUACGAUUUAUCUGAUCAUAGUCGUGAUUCGUCUUAUCCUGACGAUCAUUUCGAUCGUAUGGUACCUUCUCGAAUUGAGUUACCUAACAUUUGCUGUGAGUUAGGAGAGGAUGGACACACUAAGGCAAUAGAAGAAAUUGAAAGCUACUAUGGAGGACGUUUGAGAACCCAACGCGCUGCAAGGAUUAUACAAAAUGCCUAUAGAGACUAUCGUUUGAGAGCGGAAUACGCACGAUUGAAGCUAGAAAAAGGAAUCGGUCGUAUACGAGAAAGGAACUCAAGCAAAAUCGUCCAAAACAAAGCUAAUUCUGAUCACAUUCCAAACAAAGGUGACUGUGCGAUUUCUGAACCUACAGAUGACGUUGAUGAUUUGGUAAUCGAGAGAGCAUAUGUUGACUGGUCACCAGAAGCAGGUGUUAGUCAGACUGAGUUACCAAAUUCAAUUAACAAUGAAACACAUUUGAUUGACUGUAUUUAUCCUAAAACUCAUCCUCGUAUUUCACAGUCUUGCACAAUUCCUCAUACUGAUAGUUUACCGACAAUUUCUGAUUCUCCUAGUGUUCCCAGUUACUUGUCUCCUGCUAAUGCAAAGUCUAGUAUCAGUAAUCAAAAUUUAAGGAUGUGUAAUCCACAAUUGAUGCAUUUUUCAGUUCCAAAUUCAUCUCUAAAUUACAAUAAUGAUCUUAUUCAGAUACCUAGUGAAUAUUUCUGCAGUCCAUCUACUAAACAGUUAACAGUAUUUAAUAGUCCUCAACCACAAUGGGUCAGUUCUCUUCCUAAUCAUUUUGAUCUCUGUCCGAAGACUCAAGUUACUACUACCUGCGAACAUUGUUCUCGUACUCGUCAACCUAAUUUAACUCAACAUUUUGGUGUUGAGUGUAUUCCGAAUUUCGGUGAUAUAUCUCCGGGUGUAGCAGGUUCAUCUGUACAUAGAGUUCAUUACAAAGAAUGCUGUUUACCAUCCAGUAUUCCGAACCGUUCAAGCUUUCGUAACAAUUGUUGUCCUUAUUGUGUGACUAUUCCAAAUUUGAAGGUUACCUCCACUGCAAACAAACCACCUGCUUUGGUUUGUAUGCCUGCAUCUAGAGCUAUCAUACCACCUCAACUUUGUAACAAUAGUGGAUGUCCUGGAAUUCCUUUCCCUAUGGGCAAGGUAUACAAAACACCAACAGUUAUUUCAUCCUGUGUCCCUUUGAACAAUGAAUUACUGCAGUUGCACACGACGCAGUUAAUAAAUAAUGUUCCACAUGUUCCCUUACACCAUCUGGGGUCUCUUAAUAUUAAUAAGAAUGAUUCUCAAAGACAACAUCCAACACAUGUGUCUUGCGGAGGCAAUUGUUAUCAUAUCCCUAAUUCGUGUCAGUUACACAUGCAUCCUUCAUAUCUUCCACAUAACUUACCAAGUCAGACUCUUCAUCCAUCUAUUGUAACCCCAUUUUCUCAUAGAAAUCCCUGUAUAAACCGACUACCCAAUUCUCAUGAGAAACGUAGAAAACGAACUUAUCGUAUUGGUUUAAACAUAUUCAACAAGUCACCUGUAAAAGGGAUUGAUUUUCUAAUUAAGAAUGGAUUUUUGGAGAAUUCUCCACAGUUGAUUGCUCGUUUUCUGUUAACCCGUAAAGGUUUAAGUCGGGUUGCCAUAGGUGAAUAUCUUGGGAAUACAAAGAAUGAAAUAGCCAAGUUGACAACGCGACAAUUUAUACGAGAAUUGAAAUUUCGGAACAAAGAAGUUGAUGAAGCAUUGCGUAUACUGUUGGGAUGUUUUCGUACACCAGGUGAAUCACAGAAAAUUGUUCAUCUAUUAAAUGAAUUUCAAUCAGCUUAUGUAGAACAAAAUGCAUCUCUUGUGAAGUCACAAUUUAGGAAUUCUGAUACUGUUAUGAUAUUAGCAUAUGCAAUUGUAAUGCUACAUACAGAUAUGUAUAGUCCAAAUGUUCGACCACAAUCAAAGAUGACAAAAGAAGAGUUUGUAAGAAAUUUGCGCGGUGUUGACUCUGGUGAGUAAAAUGACUGUUUCUCCGGAAAAAAACUAUUUCUUUUUAAUCAACAAAUUCCUGUGUUUUAUUGUCUGGGAUCAUAUCUCUGUAUUAAUAAAGUGAUCCAAUUGACAAUAUACAGUUGUUUUUUAAUCUACUAAUUUUACAUACCGUUAAGAUUCUCAAGUAACUUGUUACAGCUCUGUUGUGCUGAAAUUUUUUGCUUAUAUUGUCUACAUUUUCUAUGAUAAUUUACACGUGACUUUGCUUAUGUGGUUUGGUGUAUUCGUAGGUUUGUUAAAUCUGUUAAGACAAAACAUUCAUUUUCAUGUUUAAAAUGUUGUAUAAUCACUGUAGUAUCAAACCAUGGAUUUGUAUUUAUAUGAGUAUUCCAUGUGAUUCGACAUAGCAUUAAAUAUAUAAAAGUCAAUAGAUUAAUUUAAUAAACUACGUUAGUUUUAAAAUGGAAUUGUUGACUGAAAAAUAUACGGUGAAAAGAUUGAGUUUCAUUUACAAUAAUUAGUUACUAUUUAAAAGUUAGCAUUUUCUUUUGGUUCGUUAAACCUGAUACUCAUGUGCCGUGAACUUCUUUUUAUAGAGAACUCACUAAAGUUGAGAAUCUAAAAGUGUUUGUCUCUGUUAUCCAGUAUUCACAUUUUUAUAUUUAGUUUCGUCACAACUUAUCUCUUAGAAUUGAGUUUUUCUCCACAUAGAUUUUUAGGGGUUGACCUCCUGGGAUAUUCACUUAUCGACUUAGAAUGUGCUAAUAGUCUUAUUCGGUGAUGAUGUUAACAUAAUUGAAAAUCUUCUGACUCAGUCGAUCGACCAUUUAAUCAUGUACAUGUGUUUGCCUCCUUUAAGUGGUAAAUUGUUGCUUCGAAACUGGUCUACAUUAUCGCUUAGAUUGAUCAUAGAAAAUGAAGCAUUUGAGGUUCUUGAUUACUCCAUUUAUCUCGAAAGUUUCAUCAACCUUCCCGGAUCGAUGUCUAGCGAAAUAUCAACACAGAUUCAAAGGCUCGAUUAACUUCCUCGAACUUGUAACACUGUAGACGUAGGCGUGAUGUUCACUUCCCAAUCAGACCUCCAGUAAAUUGUAUAUCAAUCCACUUUGUAUCUCGUUAUGGCUGAAAAAUGUGGUUUAUAAACGUAAAAGAUAUGCAUUGGUUGCAGAAUUUCGAUCUCUCAAGCAUUGUUCGAAAUUUGAAACAUAAGAUUCUAAGCAAAGAUAGCGAAUUCUUCGCUGUUGUUGAGACUCAUUCUAUUGAGUUGGUUUGGUAUAUGUUACUUGUUCCUAAACCAGAAAGUGACGUCAAUUUGUUAAGUCGUUAAUUAUUGAACAUAUUAGUUGAUGCAGACUAUCUUAUUAGAGUUUGCGCUAUCAGUGUUUGCAAACGUUGGUAGGAUCGGUCACAAUAACACAUACAUUCACUCUGUAAAUACUGUAGAUUAAUGUAUUUGGUACAUAUCUUUUUAUUCUGGAAAUAUGUGCUGAACGUUUAACCUUCCUCAUUGUCAUUAUUAUCACAUCGUCUCGACUCUUUUUAUGUUCAUCAUGUUAAUUUGCUAUCGUUGUGGCAAUCUGACAAGUAAACUUGGAUUAACUCACAUUAGUGUUAGGCCUUGUUAUUUAUUGAUUAGGACUGAUUGGCAAAUCAGUUUGUACAUACUGAUGCAGUAACCAGUCAGUUUGCAAAAUAUACAAUUUUUUUAAAUAUUUGGUGUAGGAAAUAAAUAAAUGUAAUCGUAAAUACAAUCCAGCGGCUCAUCUGUGCUGAUGACAGUUGGUCAUUCUGUUCUUAUACGCAAUAUUUUGUAUUUUGUUAUAUUUUAAGGUGAAGAUUUAGAUCGAGAUUUUCUGCUUGGUAUUUACGACCGAAUCAAAUCCCAAGAAAUGUCUGUACAAUCAGACCAUACAGAUCAAGUUCGUAAAAUACAAAAACAUCUAACAGGUCCUCAAAAGCCUCUUAAUCUAUCAGUCCCUCAAAGGAGAUUGGUUUGUUACUGUCGACUUUAUGAGGUUCCAGAUAAAAAUAAACGAGAACGAUCUGGUGCACAUCAACGUGAACUUUUUUUAUUCAAUGAUCUACUUCUUAUUACUAAAAGUGUUCAAAAACGCAGACGUGAUGCAUCAGUUGCAUAUCAAGUACGAAUGACUAUUCAAUUAUUCGGAAUAAAAUUGGUCCCAUUUGAAACUGUUCAUCAUUCUAAUGGUUUAGAGCUACUGGCACCACUUGAACAAAUUCAAAAUGUAGACUCUCAUAGAGAGGUUGGUAUGAAUCAUAUCGUUGAAACACCCAAUGGUCGAGCGCGUAUCUUAAUCACUUUAAAUACAAAAACAAGUUCAGAUCGUGCUAGAUUACUAGAAGAUUUGCAAGAAUGUAUAUUAGAAGUCACAGAGAUGGAGCGUUUAAAACGAGAAGAAAUUUCAAAACAAAAGUAUAAUCAAGUUCAUCAUCAUUGUUUAAGUCAUAAAUCAGGAAUAGACAAAUCAGGAAAUCAUCCUAAAUCACUUGACAAUUCAGGUGUCUCUUUUAACAUAAAUAAUAGUCAUACUUAUUCUGAUCAUGAUAAUACUUUAUCAUCACAUAUUUGUGCACCUAUAGCUUGUUUGAUGAAUGCUACAGAAACAAGAAUUACAGAACAAACAAAUCAUAUGCCUGAAUUCUGUCAGCAUUAUAAAUUACCAGAUGGGCAAAGAUUAAGUGGUGACAGUGGACUAAUGGCUGAUUUGGACGCAGUAUCUUCUUAAUUCAAUCCAAUCUAUAAAUAAUACAAUUAUUCCAAUUCUAAUUUCAUUUUCAUCCUUUUUUUAAAUUAAUUUAGAAAAUACGAAUGUUUCGAAAAAUUGCUUUUAUUCAUUUCGUGUUUAUUUUAUACGGGAGUUUCUAUAAUGUGUGUGUGUGUUGCCCUAGUCAACAUAUUUUCACUGUGAUAUUAUUUUACGUUAAAUAGACUAGUUAUUUGGCAAGAAGAAAAAUUUGUCAUAUUAACAAAGUCUUGCGAAAAUUUCAUCUGUUAACUUUGUACAAACAUUUAAUUAUGUUCAUUUCGAUAUUGUAUAUAUUCAAUAAAGAUUUUUCUUUUAAUUUCAAGUGUUAUGUAUAAUACUGUUUAUUUGAAGAGUAAAGUAAAAACAAGCAAGUCUGGGCAUG